AUGUUGGAUUACUGGACUCUCAGGACACGCCCACUUGACCGUAUUCGAUUCCCAAAGAGUAUUGAUAUGAUCAUAGAUUUGGCGUGGAACCCGGAGGCUACACACACAGAGACUCCCGAUCCUAACCUGCACUUUCCGGGACUGGCCUUGAGGAAUAUCUGUGUGUUCAAUGGCUUGCCCUUCUUUUCCUCGGGGGGUCGACAAUGGAUCAAGGCACAGACAGGCGAAGACGUGGAUUUGAACCAAUAUCAACCCCCGAGGCGGAUCUCGUCGCUUCGUCCCACGACCACUCGUACCAUACAUCUACCAAGUGAAAGUCUUCUUCUUAAACGCUUCGAGGAGUACAAGUCCUCGGUCUUUUCUCAGAUAUUCCCCUUCAUUAACCCGCAUUUUUUCGAGGACACAGUUCGGGCGGCUUAUCGAGAGCGAUCUCCCUUAAAUUAUAGCAAUGAUAGCGCCAAAGCAUGUAUCUUUGCAUUCAUGGCAGUGACUGCUAUGUUCUUUAAUUCUACAGAAAAUCAUGGGACUGAUGACUCGGACUAUUAUGCCUACGCUGCUUAUGAUUUAAUACCAAGGUUCUUUCGGGACUCCAUAACAAUAGAAGGGCUACAGGCAUUACUUAUGCUGUGUCUCUACAGUCAAUCUGUUCUCGGCGACCAGUUGGGCGUGGAGCUACUGUUUGCAACUGCAACCCGAUUUGUCUUCCACCUUGGCGGCCAUAUCUUCCCAAAAACAGUUGAUGUUGAUGAGGUCGGCCGCAGAUCUUUAGACCUCCGAUUGCAUAUUCGGAAUUUGUUCUGGCUCUGCUACAUAUUUAACCAAGAGUACAGCCUGCGGACGGGUCUUCCUCCUAGUCUUGACGAUGCACACUGUGAUCUCACACUUUGUGAUACCGAGACCACAAAUGCUCAGAAUAUAGGGCUGUUGGGGUGUUCACCUCUCUUCAUCCCAUUUGCGCGCAUGGCGACCAUCCAAUCGCAGAUCUAUCGCAGACUCUACUCUGUCGUAGCUCGAAACAAAACGGAUGCCGAACUCCUGUCCACCAUUCGUGACCUUGAUCAGCUUUUGGAAGACUGGAAACUCUCAAUCCCCAUGAAUGUACGACCAUCCCUUACGCAUCGUCCGACAGGUGGUGAGGAUAUACCAUCUUCUAUCUUUCAACUACAAUAUCAUUAUUGUAUGGCAACAAUCCAUCAAAUAAGUGGUCGCUGCAUAUUCUGGACCCAGGACACACGUGGCAUCAGCUCCAGUCUGGCCCUAAGUGUGGAGGCAAGCCGAUCACUGCUAAAGAUAGUAUCGCAUUCUGAGCUUCCGAUUCACCGCUAUAACCUUCUUUUCUGUCUUCCCUAUGUUACCGCCGCGAUGAUCCACCUCUUCUGUGACAUCCUCCUCCACCCUCGUGAUAAAGCCUGUCAUGCCAGCCUUGAAUUAAUGGACAUGGCUCGGGACCGCAUGUUGGCGCAGCUAUGGCCGCAGGCUCCUAGUUCUUUCAGGAUGCAGGUCCAGUUCGUGAAGGGCCUCAGUAUAGAAUUACAACGCCUUGCGCAAAGUGCAAUGCGGAAGGCGACAGUCUGA